CAAAGCCCGCCCCCUUCAGUCACUCACCAACAUGGCGACACACGGAUAUCAGAGGCAACGCAGAGGAAAUAUUUACGCCCUUUGUUUGGUUAUUUUUCUCCAGUUAUCCUUCAAAGCCUGCCUUUCAGCUCCAACUGAGUUAGUAACGGAAGACCCUAAAGGAUCUGCUGUACAAGGCAACCCACCUGCUUCGCCAACCCUAAUGAGUGUAACAUCUUCAAGAAAUCAUUCAGAUCCAAGUAUUACUACAAACAACUUGCCAGGAUCCAACGCCACUAAUCCUAUACCCCAAAAUGACGGCAAAACCACAACUAUCCAGAAAACCACACAGCCGGAUGGUAAAAAAGUCACCACAAAGAGUUCAUCUGUUUCGUCAACCCUGGGGUCAAUAGACAAAGUAAGUGAUACUACAAAUCCAGUGCAAAAUGCUUCUCUGGGACCAGAUGCGACAGCAACAAAACCGACUACACAACCUCCUUCAAAAGCUCCUACUACCACCAAAGCGGCAACACCCGAAACAGAAAAGCCUGAAAAUGACAUCAAAGACGCUACGACAAACCCAACCACAGUGGAGAGUAUUGAUGCCCUGCUGCCAACCGACGACAAGGAAUCUGAAAACACUAAUAAUUUGGACGAUACAAAUGACAAGUAUUACGAUGAUAAUGACGAUGAUGACGACAGUGAGGAUUACAUACAAUCCACCAAUGACGGCAUCUUUGAGUUAAAAGACAAUAAAGACCAAAGUAAAAUGAAACAGCCAUCACAGAUAUAUGAACCCAACAGCAACGACUCUGAAAAUCAGGACUCCAACUUCUUCUUUCACCUGGUCAUCCUGGUUCUCCUGGUGGCCAUUGUCUACAUUACAUAUCACAACAAGAGGAAGAUUUUGCUAUUGGUUCAGAGCCGUCGGUGGAAAGAAGGUUUAUGUUCCCGCAACAACGUGGAGUAUCGGCGCCUGGACCAGAACGUCAACGAGGCCAUGCCGUCCCUCAAGAUGACCAAAGAUUACAUUUUCUGAUUGGCACUGUUCAUUCCUCAUGUCUAGAUCCUCUUUGUAUGAUCACUCGCAUAGUAGAGACACUUAGCCUUUUUUAAAGAUUUACAUUAAAGCAGGGGGAAAAAUUAACAUAUUUUGGAGUAGAUCUAUAAAGUUGGUUGCCUAUUUUGAUUUUUCUGUUUUUGUUUUCUCUGGGUUUAUUUUUGAUAUAGAGGUCUUAUUCAAGUCUAUGGUCCUUGUCCAGCUGCUGCUGUGCUGCUCUUGCAGUGCACUUAAUUGAUACUCAGUUAGACUUAAACAAAUAAUCGCUUGUAACCUUUAGCUUUCCUAAUAAAAUUAACCGAGAUAGAUUUCUCUCUCAGCAGCUGAACCAAGCCAUGUACUGGCACACAAAGCACUUUCUGUGUCAUGCAUAUAUUUAUAUAAAAAGCAUUAACUAGCUAAGCAGAGCAGCAAUGUAAAUUUGGCAAAAAAUCAACAUGUAUUUGUCAAACUACUCACUGGUUGCACCUUGUAGAUAAAACAAGAAAAUAGACUGUUUGUUUUCAAGCUGUACCGAUAAUUUAAAUGUAGGUUUUUUUUCUUUAUCUAAAAAAAAAAAUAUUUACAGAAUAUAUGUUGAAUUAUUCUCUUGAAGUUGUUUUCCAACAACCUGUUAUGAAAAAUGCACAGUGGCCUCUGUAUGCUAAAAUUUGGUUAAUGGAUGUAAAAUGAAGUAGUUAGGCAUUUUAAAGAUGCACAUUAAGCAUUAGAUCAGGGAGGAGUAUUCAUGAUGAUGGAUGGUGUUGGAUGAUUUUGCGUUUAAGCCAUUUACAAACUUAAAUGAUUGGUGCAGGAUGGAAUGUAAUAUUGUAAUUUAUAGGAGAAUCAUUUUUUUCUAUGUUUGCUGCCCAGACUUUGCUGUGCAGGUGUUCUGAGGCAGGCCUUUCGUUCUAUAGGUUUCUGUCAACACAUCG